GGUAUAAGCUGCGAAAAAUAUUGACAACUUCUUUUGAAUUCGUCCACUUGUACGGCGCGGUCGCUCAUCCAAAUCAUACCAUCAGAAUCGUUUUGUGUUUUCAGUUGUUCAGUCGUUCGCGACAUUUUUCUUUCUUUGAUUGAAGUCAAGUUUCAUAAAUCAAGAAAAUAUGAAAUAUUUAUUGUUUUUAACUGUGGGCAUCUUUCUGCUGGCUGCUGGAUUAGGCCCAGUAUUUGCUGCUGCUGGUGAGGAGGAGGAUGCGAUUAAAGUUGAAGAAGUCAAUAUUGAUCCAAAUUAUGUGGGAGAUAAACAAGGUUCAACAGAUUCUAACACCGUAAAACGUGAAGAAGAAGCUAUCAAAGUUGAUGAAUUGAACGUGGCACAAAUCAAAGAAUUGCGAGAUAAGGCGGAGAAAAAGGUCUUCCAAACCGAAGUCAGCCGCAUGAUGAAAUUGAUCAUUAACUCGUUGUACCGUAAUAAGGAGAUAUUCUUGCGUGAAUUGAUCUCAAACGCUUCCGAUGCCCUUGACAAAAUUAGAAUGUUGUCUUUGACCAACAAUACAGAACUCGAAACCAAUUCUGAAUUAUACAUUCAAGUGAAAGCAGACAAAGAGAACAAAGUGUUGCACAUCAUCGACUCUGGCAUUGGUAUGACCAAAGAAGAUUUGGCCACAAAUCUCGGUACAAUUGCCAAAUCAGGUACUGCCGAUUUCUUGUCAAAGGUUCAAGACAAUUCAGAAACAAGUGCUAAUGAUAUGAUUGGACAAUUUGGCGUUGGUUUCUAUUCGGCAUUCUUGGUUGCCGACCGUGUUGUUGUUACGUCAAAACAUAAUGCUGAUGUUCAACGCAUCUGGGAAAGUGAUUCGAGCAGCUUUUCAAUUAUCAAAGAUCCACGUGAAAAUACAUUGAAACGUGGCUCACAAAUCUCAUUGUAUCUUAAAGAUGAGGCCGCCGAUUUUCUAGAAGAAGAUACCAUCAAAGGUUUAAUUAAGAAAUACUCGCAAUUCAUAAAUUUCCCAAUUUACUUGUGGUCAAGCAGAACCGUUGAAGAAGAGGAAGUUAUCGAAGAGGAAAAACCAGAAAAACCAGAAGAUAAAUCUGAAGAUGAAGUUAUUGAAGACGUAGAUGAAGAAGAUGCAAAGGUAAACUAUAAUCAAUAUAAGUAA